AUCAAUGAUGCAAAACAGCUGUUCAUGAGGUUAGAAGAAAAAGGCCUGCUGGAUGAUCAUUUCUUCCUUUGUCAGCUGCUUCAAACUAUCCGUCGAGCGGAUCUCCUGAACCUCCUGGAGACCGACAGCAGGCAACCCGAAGACACCGACGCCCUUCCCAUGCUGUCAGAAUACAGGGUGAUGCUGUACAGAGUGUACGAGGACAUGACGCUGGAAAAUCUCAAAAACAUGAAGUUUCUGUUGAGCAGCAAACUGGGCAGAGGACAAAUUGAGACAUGCAAUACUGCUCUGGAUAUUUUUGCCGAAAUGGAAAAAAAAAGUUUACUGUCAAAUACAAAUCUGCAUGAGCUGCAUACAGCGCUGCAGGAGCUGGAUCAACAGCUGGCUCUGACUGUGCAGGACUACAUGAGAGGGAGAACCAGGCAGCAUCAAACUACAGUAACUCCUCAUGUCAGCAUGGAUUACCAGAGGAACAACAACAUGCACCAGCCAGUACAACCCAGUGUGUCCAUAUCUGAGACUCAGCCCAGCUACGAACAAGCGAGUGUUUGCUCCGAUGCAGAACCAAAGAGGGUCUCCCCCCCCGUUUCUGAUCACGCAGAGUACUACGCUCUGAAUCAUAGCCCACAUGGUUUGUGUGUGGUCAUCAACAAUGAGGAAUUCCUGGGAAGAGAGCUGAGGAGACGAGGAGGGACUCAGGAGGAUGUCAAGUCUCUGCGCAGAGUGUUCAGCAGCCUCGGCUUCACUGUGGUGGUGCACAACAACUUCAGUUCAACAGACAUGCGACUGGAGCUGACAAAUCUGGGCAAGAGGAGUUUUUUGGAGGAGGAUGCCUUGGUGGUAUGCGUGCUGUCCCAUGGAGAAAAGGAGUGCGUUUUUGGGACCGAUGAGAAGCCGGUGUACUUGCGAGAACUGACGCAGCCCUUCACCAGCAAGGCAGCUCCCACUUUGGCCGGGAAGCCCAAGCUGUUCUUCAUCCAGGCGUGUCAGGGAAGCGGCUACCAGAGAGGGUCCGUGCUGUGUACCCCGAUGCCACAACAUGAGGAGGACACACAGAGCCCGCUGGAGGAAGACGCAGGUCGUGUGCACGGCGAGACGGUGCCUUGGGAUGCCGACUUCCUGCUGGGCAUGGCGACCGUGCAGGAUUGCAAAUCAUUUCGAAACACUUCCACCGGCUCCAUCUACAUCCAGGAGCUGUGCAAGCAGCUGAUGGAGGCCGCUCAAAGGUGAGACACGCAUAUAUAAAGCAGGACUUAAUAUUUGGAGAGAACGAUUCAUGUUUAGAGUUAAAACUUCUGCGCAUCAGCUGCAUUUAAAAUCUGACGUGAUCCGUAACAUAACACGCACUUUUUAAUAGUGAAAAUCUUGCAUUAAAUGAACAUAGAAUAUUCCUCUUUUACCAGAUCGGGGAUCAUAAUUUAACCCUUAAGAACUGUUUGGCGCAUUUUUCGUGCUUUUCAUUCUUUUUUUUUUUUUUUUUAAUAAUUUUGGCUGUCUUCGUGCAUAUAGCAUACAGUUUGGCAAGAUUGUGUAUUUUUGUUUAAUCAGUGAA